AUGCGUCUCUUCGUUCUCAUCUCUUUCCUUGCCGUCGUCGUUACUUCACUUCGAGAAGAGCCGGGAGUCACUGGAAAAGAUGCUUCCGCAACAACUUCAAAAACGACGACAAAUUUGUAUCCUAUUGACGAGGAGCCAACAAAGACGACCAUUUGGACGACAACAAACAGUCUAGAAGUGUCCACAACAACUCCAUUAGUAAAUGAGAAGUGCGAAAUCAUCACAUUGCCGAUAGAAUGCUACUAUUACUCCGAAAGGCUAAUGACACAUCGUGAAAAGAUACGGGAAAACGUUUGCGAUUGUGCGAUUGGUGGUCGAGAGAACGAAAGCAUCAAGUACUGUGAAUGGAACAAAAUUUAUCAAACGAAUGGAACACAUUUCGAUCAGUGCACGAUUGUAACGAAAGUUUGCCCGGGAUGCCCGCCAACGAAUGAUACGUGCAAGGACGCGUUUAGCAAUGAGUUUACAAAAUGUUUCAUGCCAGCAAGCCAAUACCCACACACAUUUCCCCCGCGUCAAGCCUCGGUGCUCCCGUCUUUGGAGUUGGACCUCAAGAAGUGUGAUUAUAGGAAUAAUUCGGGAAUGUUCUCUGGAAUGACGUCGGUUAGAGAUGAGGAGUUCUACCAGUAUCUGCUGACUUGCGAACUUCCAGCGUGUGGACCUCGUCUUCGCUUACCGGCAGCAGAUAAUGGGACUCAUCCGAGCUUCCAAUGGUGUCUUCCUCCUAUCAUGAAUAGCGUCUCACAGUUGGAAUAUUGUCCACUCUAUUCGCAAAAAAUCCCGACUUUUGGUGGUUUCAGCGACACUCAAGCUUUUCAUGCGCUCGAAUAUGAUACGAUGUGUGUCUUGCCGCCACUAUGUGGGAAUGAUGGAAAAGUUGAUCGAAAGAAAUUCAUGGCUCCAUUAGUGAAUGGCAAAUGGGAUGAGACUUAUUGUGAGCGAGUGUGCAAUGAAAAUGAGAUAGAAAAAGAUUGCAUCCCGGUGCCGCCAUGUGAAGGAAAUCAAACAAUCACUCCUGAUCCACGUGCAAAUCGAUUUACAAAGGUUGAUCGAUGCUCUCGUUGGUGCACUGAAGAAGAAUCUGUCAAGAAGAAUCAGACCGAGUCGCCGUGCAUUCGACUCCCAAUAUGUGAUUUUGAUGGAAAACCGAGACCUCGCCUGAACCCUUGGCACACUUCUCGCUGCGUGAUGAUCAAGAAUUGUAUCGAAGGACAGAACAAGUCCACGCAUUUAUGCAAAGAAACGGUAUCACUAGACAAUCAAAAUCUCUCAUCUCCACAUUUUGCUGGUCGAAUAGUGGCUAGUGUGAUUUCUUUGGCUGCGUGUGGUCUACUAAUUUUGUGUACACUGAGCUGUUGCCUGUUUGAAGUCGAAAGAUGGGAUCAAGAAAAGAAACGUGAAGAUGAAUGCCGAGAGCGUGGAUUGGAAUGGAAGGAUUAUAAACGAUUGAGAGAGGCUUUUUGCAAAGAGAGUGCUUUGGGAAACUACAAUCCUCGCAAUCUUCGUCAGGCCCUUGUCACUGCUCGGAAACGACUCAACCAAUCCCACAACAACAACAACAGGAAAAACUGGAGAAGACUAAAAACACGGACAAAUAAG